GUGUUGGCGUUGCCGAGCUGCAAAAGGCUUUAGAGGAUGGCAUGUUGGUUUGUGGGAGAAAUUUGCACGGUGACACCGGAAUGCUGUCUCACAAAGUCGGUCAUGUUACGUGGACGACCGCUGUUGCUUCAGCCGUGCCGCUGAUUGAGAAAGUGGCUCCGCUUUUGCGAGAGCUACUUCGUCUAUGCCCGAACACCUUGAUCCCGGGAAAGAAACUGGAUCUAGCGCUCAUGGGCUGCCACAAGGCCAUCAGUGGGUCUGCCAAAUUCGAGAUGAAGGAUGCUGAAAGUCUGAGCGAAAAACUUCGCCAGUUGAGUGGAAAAAUCAGAAAAAUGACUGAUGGAAAGGAAUAUGAAAGGGCCAUGCAGAAAGCAACUGUGGGCCAACACAAGAUCGUGCGCGAGCUUCUGUCCUUGGUGAGCUACAAAGAGCACCGAAACAGUUUGGGUACCGACAGCCAGGACUAA